UCAAGUUUAUAGUUUGAUUGAUAAGAAAGCCAGAAUAAAUGGUAAAAAUAAAACCAAGAGUGGAUAUGCAGAUUGGAUGGGAAUCAAACUUCAGCAGUAAUCACAAUACUAAAGCCAACUUUUCUGCUUCAACUGUUGUGCUGGUGGGCUCCUUACUGUCUAUUUUUACCAGGCAAACUAAAAAUAUAAAUCAUUUCCGUAUCAAAACUUAAAUCAGGGGUCGGCAACCCGCGGGCCACAUGCGGCCCACAAGGUACUUUUAUGUGGCCCGGAAGGUGCCUGUUAACCUGUAAAUAAUUUGGCCCAAUGCACGAGUGUCGGCUCGGAUUCAGUGAUCCUAGAUUCUUGUCUAGAUUAGCAUUCCCUGCAGUCAUUACUAGUCACUCGACAAGCUGAACAGGAAGCUUCAAGGCCAUGGUCAAUUUGUGAAUGUCAUGUAUGAACAUGUUGUCAUGUUCCUGCUUAUGCAACAUCUUUGGAAAACUAAGCUGAAUCAAGGGAACUUGGUUCACUUUCUAUCUUCAAAUGGAGUUGAUCGAGCUGCAGGGUACCAGAGAAUUGAAACAGAAAUAUCAUAUCAUCCAGUUUUAUAUGGAGUAUUUCCAUGGUGGAUGAUGGUUUAUAUCCAGGUCUGGUGCAGCAUGCCAAGAUGUGUUGCAUGUUUGAAAGAACUAACCUUUGCGAAAGUCUCUUCUCAAAAAUCAAGUUUCCGAAGAGUUGACUGCGAUCUCAAAUGACUGAUCAGCACCUUGAAGGCAACUUGCGGCUGCCAACAUCAACAAUUCUGCCAAAUUUUGAGAAGCUGGCCAAGGACAUGCAACACCAACUUGCGUAUUAGCUUCUUGUAAUAUACUGACCAGUGAACAUGUACUUUACAUCUAUGUUUGAUUUACGCACAGCUUCCAUGUUACAGUACAUUUACUGGUAAUACAAUUUUAUUGAAUAGAUUAGCAGUUAGGUAGAAUUGGUAUGUAUUAAAAUCACACUGUAUUUUGAGUUGCGGCCCUCAUAUACAUUUCAAAAAUCAAAUUUGGCCCGUUGUUUUAUAAAGGUUGCCGACCCCUGACUUAAAUCUUACUUCACAACUACAAAGCAGCUGUGGUUACGACAGGUAUCACCUGAGCCCAGAGAAGUUAUGAAGGGCAUUUACAGUUAGCUAUAGAGUUGGGUAGUCAGAAUCAUAAUGGUAAACGGGGAUCUGCUGGUGCAUCUGGGGGCUGGGGGGCUUUUCUUCCUAGUCUCUUGGGCUUACUGCCUCUGCGGAGGAGCUUUUAACGACUUGUUGAUUUAAACCACCAAAACAGAGGUGUUUUGCAGGUCACGUGACUUAUAUUACCCUUUACCAAUAAUGUAAAAUUUUACCAUAUCUGGAAGAGUAAGGCCCCUUUCGUUCAAGAAUACUUCAAACCUUUAAAGCGUUUGGAGAAAGCUGAAUGUUCAAUCCAGGCUCAAAACCUUAUCCAGUCACAAACUUGCCAAUAAUAUCAAAUUUAUUUUCAUAAUUCCUUGGCAUUCAUAGCAGCACCUACAACUAGCGUGACAUUGGCAUUUUACUUCAUCUGUAAGUACAACAGAUUCCUGUUUGUUGUGAUAGAAUCUGUCACUUUAACAUUGAUAGGCGGUAAAUAGAGCAUCACUUUUGUCUUGGACGAUUCUUGAGGUAAACCUGCAAUUCUUAGUUUCAUUCUCCACUCAAAGAAAGAUAAAACCACUUAGUCACCUGAAUACGCAUUCCUUAACAUCAUUUACGCAAUGGACAAAGAGCGAAACGAAAAUUCCAGCAACUCUACUUCCGUCUUGCUGCACUGGGUUUGAGCCGAUUGCUCUUUCUUUGGGUUGAUAUAUAAGUAUUGAUGAAGCUCUCACUCAUGUCUUCAACAUUUCGUUUCCUUGUUCGGUCUAUUUUCAUUUUGUUGCAUAAAUUACCAUUUUGCGGUUCAUAUUGAAGUUAUCAGGGCCAAAAGUACUGUGAGAAUUGUUUGUUUUUCUGAUUUAUAGGCCUGAAAGGCAAUAUAUCACCAAUUUCAGAGAGGGAGAGAGUGGUUUCAGCCAGUGGCGGCUCCAGCCCGGGAUAAGUGGGAAAGACCAAAGAGAGUCCGGGAUCACGUCCUUUAAGACCAUGCUCUUUUCCCCGUGAGAAGAAUUUUCUUCCUUAAAAAACACACCUUGUCUCCCAAGAAUUGUCAUUUAAUUUACCGUUGGUAAUGAACACUAUUGCCUGAAACUCAAUUUCCGCCAACUAGAAGUGAAGUUAUAACAGCUUUGCCAAUCUCUUGGUCCCAAAUUAAAAUAGAAGAGGAACAUUAAGAUUUUCAUUUUCAAUGACCAACCAGUAGUUUUAUUUUAACCCAGCUUGGCCUUUCGGAGUUAAAUGUGCACAGUAGUUGGAGAUCAAGGAAAGGCCUAAUAAACGAAAUGAACUGCGAAAAGAUCUAAACAAGGUUCUCUCCCGGUUAGAUGAACUCCCGAUAUAACGAACCAUUUUCUGGUUCUCUUCAGAGUUCGCUAUAUCGAGAUUCCACUGUACUUACAAGACUCAAUGCCGGAUAAGAUCAAUCCCAGAUCUUCCUUGUGAUCUUGUGAUGGCAUAGGUGCAAUGUAGAUAUUAUUGAAAUGGCUGAAUAUAAGAUUUGCCUUUCUCCCAGGUAAGCCCAAUAUCCAAUAUCUGAUGAAUUUGACUUGAAGUAACCAGGAGAGAUGAAUAAAGAAGCUUGAAACUUCAUUUUUCCCAUUUAUGAUAAAGGGUGAUACAAUAAGCCAAUUCACGAAAUUUCUCCGAAAUAAGCAAAAUUGCAACAAAAUCACUUAUCCAAUAAUUUUUAUCGAUGCCUAAUCACAGAAUGCAAGAUUUCUACCACUAAUCGUAGAGAGAAGCUUGCUUUUCAUUUUUAAUAAAAGGUGUCAUAAGUCUCGUGGCCUAGAAAAUCCCCCCUCCCCCUCCUUCGAAUUAUGUCCAAAUGUGUUCUUGGUGAUUGUCUAUAUGUUGUAAGUGUAAUCUCAAAUUAGAUUGCCUUUUGCUGGUUUGAAACAACAAACCUCCGCAAAUUUUACAGAAAUUGUAUACCUAUAGUAAUUUGUGAAAGUAGCUCUUUAUGGAAAUUGUAUGAAAGACAAAGAGAAGGAUUCCAGACAUUGCAACUAUUCCAGUCCUUUACUUUGCAAGAAACGCUUGCUACACAAGUCCCUGAGAUUACGAUUGACUCGGGCCAGUAUAGCUUCCAUCAGUCGAACUUCGCAACCUGCCGUUGGGUUCAAAGAAAGAACACUUUUCAUUUGUUCGAUCAGGGAGUUCUUUUUACUUGGGUAACAAAGAUCGCCAUUCGAAUAUGCUAAUUUUUGCAGCAGUUACAGAAGUAUCAUAAUGGAGGUAAUAAGCGAUCAGCCAGAAAUUAAAUUUGGAAUUAUAAACGAUGUAUUUCUUCAGGGGCAAAAUGUUGACUGUUGUAUUUUCUUUCAAGGAUACCAGUUUUCCGAAGACGACAAAAUAUCAUUGUGGGGAAGCAUUAGUGGAGAAGACGAAAAGUGUUUUUCCUAUCAACUUGUCAAAGAAGGAGAGUUGUCUAGAGAGAGCGAUGUAGAAGAUACUUCUAUGACAUUUAUUUUUCAAGGAUACGAAUUCAGCUCGGCACAUAUUGAGCGUUAUAAAUUUAAAUACAUGACAGCUGAUUUAAGGAUUCUAGCAGAAAGUAACUCAUUUGCAAUUGCAAAGGAAGAUGCAAACGGUGAUGGCGACGGCAUCAGUAACAAGAAAGAAAAUGUCACGGAUUCGCUUGCUUCCAACGAAAGAGAUACGGAAGAAGCUGUUAAUGAAAAAAUAAAACGUCUUGAGAGGGAAUGCAAGUUGCUGAGAAAGGAGCUUUACCAGGCACAUCAGGGAAUGGAGUUACAGGUUUCUUGCAGCAAAGUUCUUCAGACAGAUAAAAGGAUGAUUUCUGACAAUUUAGAAGAAGAAAAGCGGCUGCGGGAGAGAGCUGAGUACACAGUGGAGAAUCUGGAAAAGUGUUUGACAGAAAAGUUAGAGCAUAUCGACGUGCAGGAUGUCAAAAUAAAAGACCUCGAGAGAACAAUCAGACUAGAAACUAGAAUGCAUGAUGCUUUAAGGGAAGAUUUUGACGGUCAAACGUCAAACAACGAAGAAUGUUUCAUGGAAAAUGAGCAGCUGAAAAUGAAACUUAUUGAAUUCAAAAAAGAGUAUGUGCGCUUAAACAAGCUGAAUGAGGAUGAAAGAGAGCUAUACAAGCACGAGUUCAACAAACAAGAAAAGGAAAUGCUACUGAUCAAGCACAGUAUGCAGCAGAAGCUGGAUAAUUUUGCGACAUCUCUACAAGAUGCUGAGGAAAACAACAAAACUCUCGAAAAAAGGCUAACAAUUGAGAAGGAACGGGCUUACACUUUGGAAAACAACCUUCGGGAAAUAUCGAAAGAAUAUGAUGAACAGCUUGAAUUAAAGGAAUUUGAGAUUGCAGAAUUGAAAAAACAAAUGGAAGAAGUCGAAGAGAUCCUGUCUGUUGAGAGGGAGAAAAAAAUGAACCUCACAAGGGACUAUGAAAGCACUAUCGAAGAAUUGGAACGGAAACUUGCAUCUGAGCUGAAAAGGGUCAAUACGUUAACUUCAAAAUGCAAAGAAAUACAAAAAAGGGCCGGAUUAGCAGAAGAAGAAGUUGAUGUUCUUAAAGGCAGGCUGGAGAAGGCCGAUAAGAAAAUGAAUGAAAUGGAAGAACUUGUUAAAAAAAGCAAGUCAGAGCUUGAAAUUCUACAGCAGACUGUUAGUGCGACCGACAUGAGUACAAUGAAACAGGAAGUCGAUUCAAAAUCAUCAGCAAGUUGGGGCAAAGAUGGGAAAACAGAACACAAGAUACCUAUGAACUACAGUGAAAAACCGCUGUCCAAAGGUGUCACAAAGCUUACGAAAUCGAAAGACUUUACGACUACUGAUUCGAGGUGUCGUUUGAGCAAAGAGAAAAAUGCGAGCCAGCGAGACAGUGCGGGGAAAACAAAGAAUUCGGGAACAAAAAUUAUGUUUAAUUGUACUGAACCGAGAAGACGUUAUUCAGGAAGGAGAAGAAAUGACUUAGACAGCAACAAUAAUGACAACUGUUACUACUAUGACAGAGACAGAGCGAGAACAAGUCAGAGAAACCCUUGCGACAAACCUGAACGACAGACUGGUCUAUUGCGGCAACAUCGCAACUCAUUGCUUAGGGAGAAUUCAAGGCUGCGUUAUAGCAUGAAGAUGUUGAACCAUGAUUGCGCAAUUCUCAACUACACCUUACAGCAAGUUAUUGUAGAAGCCGAGCAAAAGCUGGAGUCUUUGUACUCACUCUACAUGAGGAAAGAGUCAGAAUGUGCGGCUUAUGAGCAAAUGCUUGCACCUGGUGGGAUUAUCAAUAGCUACGAUCCAUAUAUGGUACCAAGCGACUAUAUGGAAACUUAUCUGCCAGAUGGAGCCUGCGUGCAAAGUGGAAAUUAUGAGCAGUACACCGAUGGCUACUACGACUAUUUUGGACCUAAUGACACUUUGAUGCAACAGCAAGGAUAUGCAAUUGACGAAUUUCAGUACCAACUGCAGCCUUAUCAAAUACCCAACCAGCCAUUCAAUCAAAUGUACUUUGUGCCUCAGGUGUACUUUCCGCAACAGAUACAAUGUCUUGAGGCUCCUUUGCAGUUACAAUGUGAAACUCAAGUCUUGUCAAAUCAGCAAACCAUGAAUUGACUUAGAAAGAGAAGAGAUAGUGAAUCACAACAAAACUUUCCAAAACUUUCCAAAGCAAAUCUUAGCAUUUUUCACAAGUUUAACCUUAUUUCUGCCAAGUUUGAAUGGUGGUUUAGUUGAAUCUUGUUAUUUUGUUUUGAAUUAACACCCACCAAAAGACGAGCAUCUUAUUUAAUAAAAAAUUUCGCGCAAGAAAUUUCACUGACAUACAUGACUUGAUAUUGAAGUUUUUAUCAAAUACAAGAAUCUAGCCUACAUUUUUAAAGUCCUCUUGUCCUCUAGCAAGCAAAGUUAAUGAUAUUUCUUUUUCCAAAAGUACCUUUAAGAACGAAAAUUUUCAAAUUGCUUAAGCGCAAUAAAAAAUUGCUAGUUGCUUUUCAUAAACAUUGUUUUUAGGGAAAAUGGGAAAAUAUUUCAUCUUUCAUUGGGAAAUGAAACAAAAUUGAAUAGAUUAUAUCCUUCUGGUAACUUCCUUUGUUAAACAGAAAAUAUCUAUGACAUGUUUUAACUAUAGUUAAUUAAUUGUGUUGUGAAUGAAGCAAAGACUAAAAGAUAAGAUUUGAUUGACUGCCUUUAGUCAUUUCUAAAUUCUAAAGAAGGCAUUUAACCACAAUUUAUAUGUUCUUUAAUUUCAAAAUCAUAAGAAACCAUAAUCGAGGCCUAUGUCUUAAAUUUCAACAAUACAAUCAAUGGAAGGUAUUUUUUACUGAAAAACAUUAGGAACCAUUUCACAGGCGAUUGUGAUUUGAAAGAAGCAGAGUCCAGAAAAAUUGAUGGCUCCACGGCUGGGAGCCGGAGGAAGGUUUGGCCUCUUCAUGUCAUAUUUGAGGAAUGUUAAUAAGUAAUUUCAAAAGAAAUUGGUUAUCAGGAAUUUUUUUGCAAAUACCAAAAUUGAGGAAGAAUUGUCAAUUUUAUGGAACCCUUGAAACAACCAAUUUUCCAAGUUUAUUCAUGAAUAUUAUUGGAAAGCUUUGUUCAAAUUGGAUAUUUACUAAAAAUGUUCCUAAAGCUAAAGCUCAAUCUUCCAAAUACCAGCUACUUCAAAGGCUUUACUCAGGACGUCUGUGAAAACUCAAAUAUCUUCAGCAAGGCAAGGGAUACUUUGAUACAAGGCAAGGAAUAGCAAGAAAGUUCUUGAGGAAAGUGCUAAAAUAUAGAUUUAUGUUUCUCAAGCAAACACAGUUUCUAACAACCUGAGAUUUAUCAGUGAUCAGAACAUGGUGAUAAACAGAGAAUCCCACUACUUAACCAAUCUGUAUUUGAACAUGAAUUUAAUGCAGAAGGAUAGGAAAAGGGUGUUUCAUUUGGUAUCUUUCAUCUUAAAAUUUAGUUAAGAAUGAAUUGAUAAUGUAUAAAAUAAAUUUCUUUUUGUGAUGUGCUUUCUGUGACAAGAAAUUAAAUUUGGUGUAUCUGUUGAGUGAUCAGAACAGGGCAUAAGUUUCUAUAAUUCUUCUAAAUUAAACCUUGGUUAAUUAAUUUAUGAUAGUCUCAAUUAGAAUGUGUUCACUAUUGUAAAAACUAACGUUGAAUAAACUAUACAAUACAACACAAAAAUCAACCUAUGUAUAGAAUGAUACAAACUGCUCUCUAACAUUUUUAAAUUUAGAACUAGCUUUGGGAAAAUAAUGUGAGUUAGCAAGAAAGGCAGAUGCUAGAUGUAUAACUAUAAACCUUAUAUUGCAGAUCUUUUAACAGAAAAGAUUGAAAUGACUUUUUUCGUGACAAAGUUUUUUGUUGGCGUUUAAAAAUUAAUGAAAACGUUAAGUCCAUUAGGAAGAUGCUACCCAUGAUGAUUGUUGUCAAUAAGUGUUUGUCCAACAUGACUUUUUUGACAGUUAUGGUGUUUACAAAUUCAACAAAAUCCAUGGAUCUCCUGUUUUUGGCCAAAUCUCCGUUUUUCUCAAUAAAAAAUCUGAAAUCUCCAGGUUUUGAAAAUUUAAGGUUGACAGGUCUGGUUUCUACUGCUGUGAAAGUCAAAUAUAGAAUUACAUAAUUUGCCUCUGGAUUUUAAAAUUUUUAUAAUAAACUGACUGCCUGAGGAAAAUAAAGAAAAUUUGUCACAAUGCAAAGAGUGGUAAAAUGUAUGCUCCAUCAAUGUUCAUGGUUCUAUCAACUAGCUCAUAUUUUGCAUAUGUUCUUAGACAUUAAUCACCAUCGUGUUGUUGUGUUGUGUGGCUCAUAUCGACAGGAAGAACCAGCGCACUACUCCACAAUCAGAGCUUCUCAUUUUUCCUAAAACUUUCUUUUUAUAUGAACAGAAAUUCAUUUGAUUUCUUCUCAUGAAUUGAAUGUUUCUCGUAUCAUGUCAGUGUCACCACCAUUUUGCUUUUACUGAAAUGAAGCCUCAUUUACGAUCACUGAAAAGAGAUUAAUUUUGGCGGGAAAACGAAACGUGGUGAAAGUCCAAACUAAAUUAGCCAUUAGGUGUAUUGCGACGGAAGCUCUGUAGGUGGCUACAAUUGUUGGGGAAAGGAUGGAAGCAAGUGUCGUGUAAUUUAUUUCUAUUGUGGAGAAGAAUGCAGAAAAGAUAACCUCAAAUAACAAACAAAUACAAAGCAUUAUGACCAACCACCCAGAUAAAAAACAAAGAGUGUAGAGGGCCCAAAACAACAAUUUUUUCAAACUUCUGCCUUCUCGACAACACAUGGGACUAACAAAAGAGACUAAGAGUACCAUGAUUUUAAAAGUACAUGUAUGAAUUUGACGUAUCAUAAUAAAUGUGCCUGACAAUCUCAUUUAAUUUGAUCGAUUUUAGUAAAUGGGUGUGACCAUUGUUGAGGGUUUUGCAUUCUAGAUGAUAAUGUUUAUUAAAGGUGGGGAAAUGAGUUAGAUAACAGGAGUUUGUCUUUUAAGACAACAAAAAGAAACUUUGGAAAGGCAAAUUAAUAUUACAAUUCUCACAUAUAGAUAAAACUUUAUUUCUAGUUUAUUCUUAAAUAAUUGUAAGAUUUACAAAGUACAGUAUUCAGUCCAAUACAAAACCUUUCAAUAUAUCUUUCAAAACAACAGAGAAAAAUUUGUCUUAAGAAUGACCUUGAAUACAACCUUGUUGAUGUCAACAGAUAGUUCACCUUUCGUUCCUUGUUUACCUCCGCAUGCUUCAGAAUAACUGCCAGAUGAAAGCUUAAUGUGGUUUCUAUGGG